GCGGGAGCCUCGGAUCAUAACAAUUCCAUAGAUACGUGCGUUCAGAGAUUUAGAGAUAUGCUGAAAAUACCGUACAAGCUGGAAUUAAAGAAUGAACCCGGCAGAGCAGAUUUAAAGCAUAUUGUUAUAGAUGGAUGUAAUGUGGCAAUCAGGUUCCUACUACAUUUAGCAGACAAGACUGGGGGUGUCAUUGUAAGCAAUGAUAAAUUCAGAGAGUUUGUGAAUGAGUCAGUGUCCUGGAGAGAAAUUAUUGCUAAAAGAUUGCUUCAGUACACAUUCGUGGGGGACAUAUUUAUGGUUCCUGAUGACCCUUUGGGAAGAAAUGGGCCUCGGCUAGAAGAAUUUCUUGGAAAGGAGGGCUUUGUUAGAGACAUGGAGCCACUACUCAAUGCCCUGCCAAAUGUGGACUGGUUUGCCCAGAGUCAUAACAACCAAGUAGCCAAUACCAGGUACCAGCCUCCAUAUGGGAACCUGGGAGCCUCUUCGGGCCCUUGGCUUACUCAUCAGCCCCACUUCACAUCCCUGGCCAGCAAUCUAGGUAUAGAGCAGAACCAUCUCGUGCCAGUACAGAGAUCUUCCACUGAGACCAGAGAGCUGAGGGAGGCCCCGCUGAAGGUCUUCCCUGACUCUCAGCAAAAACAGAAGAUUGAAGAGAUCUUGGUAGCUCGGCCAUUCCUGAGGGACCUGAAUGUUCCUUCUGGCCUGAUAUUGGACCUAAGUCUGGGCUGA